GCUGGGGGACGGGUCCUCCAAGCUUCGCGUUGGUGGCUGUAGGACUGGGCUGAUCGUGGGAGUACCCCGGACUGGAUGGGCCGGGUGGUAGUGAGCUGGGAGGUGACGCUGGUGCGGUUGGGGGUUGUUGUAUGAAACCGGUUGCCGAGGCUGAGCAGAAUUCAGGGCCUCUUUCCGGACAUGGCGACUCACGUCAGCGAACUGGAGGCGGCGAAGAAGACGUUGACGGAGGCGUUAGGCGAGAAUGUGAAACAAUAUUGGGCAAACCUGAAACUUUGGUUCAAGCAAAAAAUAAGCAAAGAGGAAUUUGAUGUGGAAGCAAGGAGACUCCUUACUCAGGACAAUGUGCAUUCCCACAAUGACUUCUUGCUUGCCAUCCUCACUAGAUGUCAGAUCAUGGUUUCUGCUCCAGAAAGUGGCACUUCUCUACUGUGGACCAGUCCAUCUGCUGCCAAAUCAAGUAAACCUAAAAAUAAGAAAAAGUUUCCAUCUCUACGUGCAAAAUUUGAACAUCGUUUUCAAGCACAAAAUCCUUUAUCGGGAGCACAGCACUUCGUCGCAAAGGAUCCGCAAGAAGAUGAUGAUGUGAAAUUUUGCACUCACACAAUGGUGCUUCCCACAAGAGGCCAGCUUGAAGGUCGGAUGAUAGUAACAGCUUAUGAAUGUGGACUGGACAAUGUAUCUGAGGAUGCAGUGACAGCAGUGGUGCAUGCUGUGGAGAAUCAUCUGAAGGAUAUUCUGACAGCUGUGAUAUCCAGGAGGAGGUCAUACCGUUUACGUGAUGGCCAUUUUAAGUAUGCUUUUGGAAGUAGUGUUAAUCCCCAGCCAUAUUUAAAGAACAGCAUCGUUGCCUACAACAACAUUAUUGACUGUCCUCCUACUGGAAUGCCCACAACGGCUGGACCAAAUCCAGGAUCCCACAUAUCAUCAGAUGAUGUAGAGCAGCAGGCAGCUCUUCUCCUAGCCUGUUCGGGUGAAGAUAUGCUAGCUUCCUUGCCACCUGUCAACAUGUAUGAUCUUUUUGGAGCCCUCCAGGUGCACAGAGAAGUGAUUCCAGCCCACACAGUCUAUGCCUUGAAUAUUGAAAGGAUACUAGCAAGACUCUGGCAUCCUAGUCAUGAAGAGUUGGAGCAGGAUAAGAUCCACCGUCAGAGGCUAGCAGUCAAGGAGGGACUUGUUUGUUGACUGGUUUGGGCCAAAUGCUAGUGAUCAGAGCAUGCAUUGCCCCCACUGUGAACGAAUGCAGUAAUCAUUGCAUUAAGUCUGAUUUCUCCUCAACCUUUUGUCCGUGUCUGUCAUCACCAAUCAGAGUCUGCAAUGUUGAGAAGUCUGAAACAAACACAGAUCUGGCAGCAUCUCUGAGAGAGAAAUAUGACUCUUUUUCCCUGCUGAGUUUCUCCAGCAUUUUCUGUGCUUGCUUCUGAUUUCCAGCAUACCCAGUAUUUUGCUUUCAUUAUGGUGAGAAGCCUCAUUGGCAAUAUGUCGUGAAGUAUGUAAAUUGUAACAAUUUUGUUCAAAGUGUUCAUAAUUCUCAUAGAAGUUGGUUUAUCUGUCAAUUAAGAUAUGUACAUUGCUGAGGUUUACCUGCAAACAUCAGAGGCCAGUUUAAAUAACUUUUUGUCUGCUUUUAAAGUGUACUGCCUUGAAGUUAGUGAGCGUGAUAUUCAUGUACAGAUGUUCUGAAAUUCUUGCUGUUACAUCAGAGGUGUGGAUGUAUCUAAAAUAAACUGGUUUGUGUUUACUCCUCUGGUAAAGUAUGGGAUGGAAUUUCAAACAGACUGCUUUGAGCAAGGGUUUGUACUGAAUAUUCCACACCAUAAUUUGAAGGCUUGCAUGGUUUGUCAGUUUUGUCUAAUACCUGUCUACAGAUGAAACCUUGGUACUAAGUUUCAGAUUCUUCUUUGUUCAUCGGUAGUUUUUCAUAAACACUUCAACUGAGUAUAGAUAUCUCAUUCAAUAGGCAGAAUGGCUUGAGGUUUAAGAUUGCCAACACAGUAUAAUGACACUGCGAGAAUUUUAUUUUUAUACAAUAAAUUGACUGCAGUUGAUCAGUA